AUGGGAGACUUUGCAAACGAGAGUAUUGCCAGUAACUCCACUGGAGCACCCUCCUCCGCACCAUGCCACCGAGACACCAGAGUCACCCACCUGGUCUUCCCAGUACUGUAUACGCUCGUCUUCCUUCUGGGACUCGUACUGAACAGCCUGGCUUUCUGGGCUUUCUUCCAUAUCCCAAGCACAUCAACUUUCAUUGUCUACCUGAAAAAUAUCUUAGUUUCUGAUUUUAUAAUGACCCUGAUGCUUCCUCUGAAAAUCCUGACAGACUCUGGCCUGGGACCAUGGCAACUCAAAGCCUUUGUCUGUCGCUUCUCAGCUGUAGUAUUUUAUGACACCAUGUAUAUUAGCAUAGUGCUACUUGGUCUCAUUGCUUUUGACAGAUUUCUCAAGAUUGUGAGACCUUUUGGGAAGUUCUGGGUGCAAAACCUGACCUCAGCAAAGAUCCUUGCGGGUCUGGUCUGGCUCUUCUUCUUUCUUCUCUCUCUGCCUAACAUGAUCUUAUCAAACAAGAAAGCAACGCCCCAAUCCGUGAAGAAGUGUGCCUCGUUGAAGAAUUACUUCGGACUCAAAUGGCACGAAGCUGUCAAUUAUAUCUGUCAGUUGGUCUUCUGGACUGUUCUCAUCCUCAUGUUUCUAUUUUAUACAAUUAUUGCCAAAAAGGUGUAUGAGUCUUACAUAAAAACACAGAAGAAAGACAACAAAAGCGAACAAAGGAUCAAGGGGAAAGUAUUCAUCAUUUUUACUGUGUUUUUCUUAUGCUUCGCCCCCUUUCAUUUUAGCAGGGUUCCCUAUACUCUGAGUCAAACGACCACCCGAAUGGACUGCCGUCUGCAGAACCAGCUCUUUGUCGCAAAAGAAAGCACGCUGUGACAAAAAGAAGCGCCGUGGGGGCGGCCCGCCACAAACGUCUGCAUGGACCCCCUGAUAUACCUGUUCUUGUGCAAACCAUUUCUAGAAAAGGUUUUAUGCAGGAGAGUAAAGACGUUUCAGAAAACAGUUGAUACAACCCCAAAAACCGAACUGGACACACGAAUGUCUGCUACUGAAUCUUGA